AUGACAGAUUACUGGGUGAGCACGAAGAAGCAUUAUUGCGAAACGUGCAACUGCUGGUUGUCUGGGCACAAGGUGAACAUAAAGAAUCAUGAAAAGAGCGCGAGGCAUAUCGAAAAUUUAAAGAAAGUGAUCAGCGAAUCGUUUAAGAGGAAGGAACAGGAAACGAAAGAGAAAGAGUUCCUCGAAAGGGAGUUAAAAAAAUUAGAAAAUGUGGAAAAGAAAUUGCUGUCUGAUUUGAAUAAAAAUGAGAUAUCCCCUCAUCGAAGCGGCGACAUCAGUUUGAAUGUUUCGAAUGCGCAUACCAACAGUAGAAACGGUUAUCGGAGCAGCAGAAGCAAUAAUGAGCGAAUUAACACAAGUAGUAUCGCCUGUAGUGGUAACCCAGCUAGCCGCAAAAAGUGGGUUCUAAUGAUACAUGAAAAUACGGGUUCAUUAGUAUUCUUCAAUAGACUGAAAAACGAAAUUGUACAUGAAAAACCAAAUGAUUUUUUGGAAUAUUUCCCCGAACAUGAAUCAUUUGUUGAACAAAAUGGAUGGUACAAAUACUUUGAUUAUAAUUCUAACAAUUUUUACUACUUCAAUAUUUACAGCUCGAAAAGUGUAUGGGAGUAUUCACUCAGCAGGAUAAACAGCUUGAUGGACUUUAUCAAUAGAUGUGAACAGGGUGCACAGAAUAAUAUGAGUUAUGGUAAUAACGCAGAAAAUUACAAUGUAUAUGCCAGCUACAAUCCGUUAAUCAAUCCGGCAGAGACCGCGCUGCAUAUGGCUGAAAAUACAAAAGAAGGAAUGAUUCAACAGCGCAGUAACAACGAGGGUAGUAAUAUUCCUGUUGGUGAUGGGAGUCGUGUGAACAGUAGUACCAAUUAUGGUAAAUUACACGAUGCAUCUCCAACCAAGUGGGCCAAUCGGGUCGGUGAAAAUGGAGAAAGAACUGCAAAAGAAAUGGAUGCUCAAGGGGGUGAUACGAGUCCAGGGGGAAGCAAUGAAAUGAAGGAAGGAAAUGCAAAGGAGAAGCCCCCAUAUGAAAUGAGCGAAAGCGAAUUUAAAAGGAGUAGUACACAUUUUGAAGAGAAGAAAAUAAAGGCGAACAUUUCUUUAUCGUUUAAGAGGGCAGAAAGCGGAGAUACACCUCCGCAUGACAGGAAAGAGGAGAAGGGAAAAAGUAACAUGGGGGGAGAGGCCCCAAUUGUGGAAAACAGUACCGUACAACAGGACGAGAGUGCUAAACCUGGCACAUGGGAAGUCGUGGAGAAUAAUAAUGUAGAGACAAUUUCAAAUGAACAUAUUGAACAAAUUUUUUACAACGUCAAAUCGAAGGAGGAAAUUGAAAAGGAAAAAAUUGCACAGCUAGAGGAAGAUAUUCGUUACGAAUAUUCUGAAUAUAAUGAAUUUUAUAUAAAAAAAAGAAUUAGAAAAUGA